AUGGAUGUGAGAGGAUAUCCAGGGUUCACCUCAAUUCAAAAGGUAACUUCCGCUUUACGUAUACUAGCCUACGGAAACACGUACAACAUCAACGACGAGUAUUUGAAGAUGGGGAAGAAAACAACACGAGAUAGCGUGGAACAUUUCAGCUUCGAUAUAUGCAAGUUAUAUGGAAAACGUUACUUGAGAAAUCCCACUUGGAACGACCUUCAACAAAUAUACAAGGUGCAUUUAGAAAAACAUGGAAUACCUGGCAUGAUUGGUAGUUUGGAUUGUCGUCAAUGGCGUUGGUAUAAUUGUCCAACCGCAUCGCGAGGUCAACAUACACGCGGUGACCAAAAAGGACCAACUUUGGUUUUACAAGCGGUUACGUCAUACGACCUUUAG